UUUGAGUCAGCGAUGAUAGUGAUGAUUUAUUUUCAGCCUGAAAUGUUUUGAGUUUUAUUUUUACAUAGGCCUGUCUGUCCUAUCCUGUUCUCUCCUUAUAGCUAAAACUCUCUUUGUUCGAAAAAAAUAGAAUUCACCACCUUAUUCCAACACAUUGGAUGUUAAUAAUGGAUUUGAAGAUGAAUACGGGAAACUUUCUCAUUGUACAUUUAUUUAAAAAGCUAUCAUUCAAAUGGGUUGUUUAUUUAUUUAUUUAUGUAUUUGAUGCAUUUAAACAACACCAACAAUACUUAAAACUAGAAAGAUAAACUAUUUUGUGUUCUGAUACACACAUAUACACACUCCUCUUGAUCACAAGGUCAUAUAGUUUAUAUCUACCCUCAUAUAUUAUGUCUGUCUAGCCAGUCAACCAUUAACCAACCACCGGCAAACUUGUCAGGCAUAGUAAUAAUCAUACACAACAUACCAUUCCCAUAUAUACCUCUUCCUAUUUAAAAAAAUAAUAAUAUUUAUUCAACUUUCAAUAAUAGCACAAGAAGAAAUGUACAAUGCACAAUUGUUGUCUAUCGGGGGUGGAUACACAUACGCUUAGAAAAGUUCACCUUACAGGAUAAAACAGCACAUCAGGACUAGUGUUGUGUUGUGCUGUAUUGUACUGCGUUGUGUUGUAUUGUUGUUAUAUUGUGUAUACACGCACACACACACACACACAUACACACAACAUUUUGAUUAUUAACCAAGAAAACAAUCAUUCAUCAUCAUUAUUAUAUCACACUUAUCUCACAUGGCAAAAGGAUUUUUUUAAUUAUGAUCAUUAAUAAUAAUAAUAGUGAUAUUGGUAAUAAUGAUAAAUAUAAUCAUAAUAUUCAAGCGAUGAUACAUUCUUGAUUGAAUCAGUUAGUAUGCAUAACAUUACAGUGUACAAUGUUAUUAAAUUAGAUAUAUAUACAUAUAAUGCAUUAUAUGUGCGUAUAUAAGAAAAAAUAAUUUAUGUUCUCUACGGGGAAGAUUUAUCUCCUCUUAAUGGACUAUUGUAACACUCCUGGUACUGCUAUUACUAUUACUAAUACUACCACUAAUAAUAAUAAUAAUCACGGAUAAGUAUACAGCAAUAUAUUUUACCGAUAAUAAUAAUAAUAGUAAUGACGACGAUGAUGAUGGUGAGGAGGAUGCCGACGACAAUGCAACCGUCAUCACUAUUACUACUGAUAUGGUUUAAAAUAAUUCUCUUAAUUAUCGGCGCAUCAAGUGAUAGUUUCUACUUCACAGUAAGUCCAAAUGAUCAAGAUGUUGAAGAAGGACAACCAUUACGAUUAAGAUGUGCUGUUACACCGUCAAAAGAUAUUUACUAUUCAUGGUUGCAUAAUGGAACACGUCUACAAUUAGAGAAAGAAGGCGGUAGACGUUAUCUUGAAGUAGAUAGUAAUUUACAAAUUUUACACGCUGAUCGUGAACUUGAUCCUGGUACAUAUCAAUGUCAAGCGUUGAAUCGUUCAUCAACAUUUACUACAGCAAGUAGAGAAGCAAAAGUGAACAUUUAUUGGAUGGAUCCAGAUGUCCAUGUGUCAUUAGUUAAACCCUCACGAUACGAAGAUAUUCGUCUUGGUGAAGAGGUGGAAUUCACAUGUAAUGCUAGAGCGAAUCCACCUCUUAGUCCAGCAAAUAUUAAAUGGUUUCACAAUGGUAACGCGCGUUUACCUAACACAGAAUUUCGAAGUAAUGGAAAUUUGCGUAUAGCAGUUUUUGGUAUUGAACAUACUGGCAGUUAUCAUUGUCGAGUGAUACACGCUGCUGGUAAACUUGAUAGUAGACCACCAUUUAUUAUACAAAUGACAAAUGAUAAUCCACCAAAAUUGAUAACAGAUUUAUCAAAUCAUGAAUUUUCUAAAUUUGUUAUGCGUGGUCGUUCAGUUGAGUUGGUCUGUCCUCAACCAGGUGUACAGAAAUCAAAUGAUGCGAUUACACCGAUUACCGUAUGGGGAUUAAUGCCACGUUUAGGAGAACAACAACAACCUGUUUCAACACUAAGAGAUAUUCAAUUUGCUGAUCAAGAUUCGAAAUUAGUAAUCAAUAAUUUUGAUGUACAUCAUGUGAACUUUUAUACCUGUGAAAUUAGCUGGCCUGGUUCACCAGAUAGAUAUGUUUUCUUAUUUCAAGUUGAAAUAGCUGCUCUCUACUAUCCAAAACGAACAGAUUUCUCACCUCGUUUAAAAAAGAAUCAGCCUUAUGUUGUACGGAUAAAUGAAGAUGCCAAUCUACGGUAUUAUUCAGAUGAAUCACCAUCGAAUUCUUUCAUUACUGAUCAGAUCUCAAAUCCAACACCUAAAAUCACAUGGCAUAAAAAGGAUGAACAUCAGGCAAUUCCUGUAUGGCCUCCAGUGCUAUCAUCAUCAACGUCUCCGUCAUCACGUAUAGAAGAAUCGAAGUUACACGGUCCGCCUCCGAGAAUUUAUGCUUUACGCGGACGACAUUUAGUAAUUCAUUCUGUUACAGAAUUAGAUUCUGGAUCCUAUGAAAUGACGCUGAUCAACCCAGCUGGUCGAGCUUCUAUCGUAUUUGAUAUUUUAGUCAAUUUUCCACCAGAAUUUUAUCAACCGUUGACUCAUGAAGAGCACGCACUGGAUGAAGAUAGUUCAAUUACACUAGACUGUGGUAUUAAGAAACGUUCAAUUCCCGGAAGUAUUGUCUACUGGGAAAAAGAUCAACGAGUCUUAGAGAAAUACGCUAAUAGUCUUAUGGUUUGGGAGAACAACGGAGAGACUUUAAGAUUUCCUGAAUUGAAACCUGAAGAUCAAGGCCAAUAUCAAUGUUUUGUACAAACUGAUGGAUAUAAAGAACGAUGGGCUGGUCGUGAACAAACUUUAAUUGUAAAAGCAAAACUACAAUUUCUUCGAGAAAUACGUGAACACUUUUUGGAAAUAAAUGUACAAGGUAGAAUUCCAUGUAAGGCCAGAGGUUAUGGUACAGUAACUGUUGAAUGGUUUCGUAAAACUGGUUCUCAUUCAAAUGAUUUGCAGAGGAUUCGUCCACCUAAUCAAGUUGAAGGUGGUACACUUAUUAUUCAGUAUGUUCAAAAACAUGAUGCCGGUGAAUAUGUUUGUAUUGCUAAAUCAACGUAUAAAAAUGCUCAAAUUAAUAUGACAGUAAAAGUAAUUGUUGGGGAAAAACCUCAAAUAUCUCAAAUCAGUACAAAUCAAACAGUUCGUGUUGGUAAUCAAGUGAUAUUGAAUUGUCAUGCCUCCGGUGAUCCACAUCCACAAAUCAGCUGGAUAGUUAAAAAACCCGGUUAUAAAGUUCCAAAUGUUUAUACUCCGUUGGCGGAUACAUCAAAUGAAGCAGACAGUGGACAAUCUGGUGAUUCAUCUGUUACAAAUGAUGGAUCAUCAUCAUCAGUAGAUCAUUUACAUGAACAACAACAACAAUAUCUACAACCUUCACCAGGUUCAAAUUCUCCAGCUGUUUCAUCUGCUUCAAUAGAUCAUAGUUUAAGCAAUGCACCAAAUCCAGAUGCUGUUGUAGCUGCAAUAUCAAGAAAUAUGCAAGCUAAUGGAGGACGAGUAACAGCAUUUUCUAAUGGUAGUCUAAUUAUCAGACAUGCACAUUUAUCCGAUCAAGCUGAGUAUAUUUGUGUUGCUGGAAAUAAACAUGCUAUUAAAACACGUCAAGGUGUAUUUGUUAGAGUUUUAACUCCAGAGGAAUACACUCGACAACAACUCGGUGAAGAUGGUUCUACAACGGGUAUGAUGAAAACAAUAUUUAUUGUUGUUGGUUGUGCAGUUGCCUAUUUAGGCUUAAUUAUUGGAUUAACAGCCUUUUGUAGUAUACGUAUGGUACGGACUCGACGUAAUCGAUCACGUAAAAAUGGUGGAAAGCUACAUGAAAAUGGUCAACUACUUAAUCCUUUAAAUGAUCCCAAUAAUCCAAACAGUGGAAAGCGAGGUUCACAAGGCAGUGGUGGUGGACUAGGAGGAACAGGAAAUUUCGAAAGUGGUUUGCUGUUAGGAGGAGGUGGUACUACUGCGAUAAACACAACAGCUAAUGCAUCGCUCAGUCAUCUACCUCAUUAUGGUCGGCCAGUUUUAACAAGUACAUCGGGUACACGGAGUGGAACAAGUUAUCACGAUAACAGUACUUUACCACAUCCUCUAAUGUGUACAGAACCAAGUUCAAAUCAGCGAUCAAACAUUCCGGUUAACGAUACUAAAUGUUGGUGGCCUGUGUCUGAUAAUGCCUAUUAUGGUCAAAAUGAUGCACAAGCCAAGUUAUUGCAAACAGCAGGUGGCGGAACAAUAGAUGGAUUUGCUAAUCCAAUGACAGAUGUUACAGAUCUUAAUGGUCAAUCCUACCUUCAUGGACAUUCUAUGAUGGGUCCUUCGUGUAAUCUAAUGUUUUCGGGUCAUAAGGGUACAAGUACAGGUGUUGGUAGUAGUACCAUUGCUACAACUACAUCAGAUUCACAUCUUGUAUCAGCACCACCACCAACACCUCUUGAUUCACGAUCACAUUUUAGUGGUGUUUCUUCUGGUAAUUCAACAAGUUUAUACUCUCGAUCACUUUUAAGCGGUGCUUCCAACUUUGGCUCACCUCAUAAUCAGGCAGCUUCACAUGUGAAUGGUAUGAAUCAGUAUGAUCAAACGAAUGGUUUACACACUAUCAGUCAAACAGAUCGUAUGAAUUAUCCACGUUGUGAAUUACAAAUGGAAGGAAUCUUAGGAAAAGGGGAAUUCGGAGAUGUGUUCUUAGCCCGAGCUCGUCAUAUACAAGAAGGAGAAGCUCAGUCAUUGGUGUUGGUUAAAUCUUUGGCUUCACGGGAUGCAAUACAUAUCAAUGAAUUUCAUCGUCAACUGGAACUGUUUGGUCAAUCUGAUCAUGAUUAUGUUACACGUCUUCUAGGUGUUUGUAUGGAGCAGGAACCUUUCUAUAUUCUAUUAGAAUACUGUGAAUGGGGUGAUUUGAAACAAUUUCUACGUUGUAUGCGUGAAGAAAACUCAGCACCAUUUAAAAUGCCUCCAUUGACUUCUGCUCAAAAAAUGAGUAUAUGUAAACAAUUAGCCUUAGGUAUGGAUUAUCUAGCCCAUAUGCAUUGUGUUCAUCGUGAUUUAGCUGCAAGAAAUAUACUACUAACACAAGAUUUAGAAGUUAAAAUAUCAAGUCUUGGUUUAGCUAGAGAUGUCUAUGCAAAUGAGUAUUAUCGUCUACCAAAUACAGAACAAUACAUCCCAUUACGAUGGUUUGCUCCAGAGUUAAUCCAUGAAAUAACAACCAAUGCUUCCGCGGCUACAACUACCAAUCGACAUAUAUGCAAUGGUGGACAUGAAAAUGAAGCAAUCAAUCAACAAUUAGCUAAUCCAUCAAUACCUUAUUCUACACAAUCAGAUGUUUGGGCAUUUGGUGUAUUAGUAUGCGAAGUAUUUUCAUUAGCAGCACUUCCAUUAGCCAGGCUGUCAGAUCAAGAAAUUAUUGUAGCUGGUCAAAGAACAGCUAUGCAGGUAACUGGUGCUAGUGGAGGUUUUAAUAAAUCAAAAUCGAAUCCGUCGGAUUCAACUUCCCCGUUGAAACCAGAUUUAGUUGCUGAUAUCCCAGGUGAAUUGGGUAAUCUACUAAAUCGGUGUUGGUCACCAGCACCACAACAUCGACCGACAUUCAGUGAAAUCGCCAUAGUUAUACGUGAUCUUGCUUCAUCAUAAUAAUAAUAUUAUUAUUAUUACUGUCAAUCAUCAUCUUCUUCUUUUCCUUGCCGUAAUCUAAUCAUGUAUUCUCUUUCGUUCUUUCAUUUGUAUGUUUCUGUAAGUAUAAUUUCACUCUUCAUUUGAAAAUUUAUUUCAUCUUCAAAAAGGAGAAAGGUUGAGGUUACUCAAUUGUCAAUUGUUUGUCAAUGCAUCACUAGUAAGGGCUUAUAUAUGUAUGUAUAAAUAAAGGGGAGAAAACCAUUUUCAAGUCAUGCAUGACACUUGAUCACAAGUGGGGUCAAGUAAUCCUUUUAGCUCUGAGUUCAAAUGUCAAUGGUAAUCUAUGUUACCUUGCCAACAUACAUAUAUAACUCUCUCUCUCUCUUUCUCCUCAUUACUAUUAGUAUUAAUAUUAGUAUUGUUAUUAUUCCAGAACACUCGAAUCAACAACCAAAGUAUAACGAUAAUAUUAUCUUCUUUCUUUGACUUAUCAUUACUACUAUUUAUUUAUUUGUCAAUAGUUGGCGUUGAAAGCUGACUGCGUUUCCUGUCACAUUCAUCAUGUUUAAUAGAUCAUUUCAUUCCAUGCAAGAUAACAUAAUUGGUUUUAAUCACAUCUAUAAAAAAAAGAAAGAGCAGAUGGAUAUCUGAAAAACAAGUAAAGAAAUAAAUUUACCAGUUACAGUGCCUGCUUUUGUCUCCUAUGAACUAUUGUCAUUGAACAAAUGUUUGUUUUAGUUCUUAGCUUUAUUAUUAGCUGUUAUUGUUACUACAUGUCCAUGAAAGAGGUCCUUGACAAGUGUGUAUGUGUGUAUAUACAUAGAUACAUACAAACAUACAAUUCACCAAUUAUAUAUAGACAUUUUUAUUUGUACAUAUUUUACUUUACUGUGAACACAUUUCAUUUUCUGAUAAUUAUUAUUGUAAUAAAAUUUGAAACGAAUUAACAGACCACUGGAUUCUACCCUGGUGGUUAAAUGGUAUAUGACUUCAUUUUGUAAGCUGAAUGCCCUGAGUUCUAUUCCGAAGGUGGGCUGACUCAUGAAUGUGUGCAUUCAGCUGAAGAGAGCGCAAACAAGGCCGAAGCAGUAGUAAGCCAAUACACUAUGGAUAUCCAAUCAUCUCUUCAACUGUGAAGUCGAUUCGUGAUUGAAACUGAAAUAUAAUAUUUUAAAUGGUGAUAAUAAUAAUAAAUCCUAACUGCUUUGGAACGCAUCAACUUUCAUUUUCCUAGCUUCCUGAUUCAGUUAUCUUGUCUACUUAAUAAUAAUUAUAAUAAUAAUAUAAUAAUACUAUUGAAAAGUCAAUUUACUACCCGGUUAAACUUAACUUUCAAACGAAUCUUGAUCAUUUUUGUUCUCAUUUCCAUUGAUGGAAAUACAAUAUAUACUGGUGCUGAUUGAUACCGAAAUAUUGUUUGUGCCUAAUAUAUAAUAUAAUACAUAUGUACUCAAUAGACUGUAUUUUACUAACUAUUGCCAUGUACACUGAUACAAGAAUUAUUACCACCCCCACCCACCCCCCACCACCAUCAUUGGGUUUCUUUUUGUAGCUGUUUUAAGAUAACAACAAAAAAAUCUAUUUGCACUGUACACACUAUCAGAAAUAUGCAUUUCAAAUAUAGUAAUAAUAAUAAUGAUAAUAAUCAUCGUAGGAGAUAGGAGGGAGCACAUUUCUUCAGCCCCUCCACCCCUUUGCCCGCCUCACUCCGGUCUUUUUCUUUUCUCUGCUUCCUGGUAUUUUCUGCUAUAGGUAUAAUGCCUCCCUUUAUCCACUUCUUUCCAUGUUCUCUCUCUCUCUACUUGAGUGUAAAUCCCUUUUUAUUCACACCUUCGUUCUCGGUGUUGGAGAAGAGAAAUGCCGUGUCUUUUGUUUGUUUGUUUGUUCUCAUUACUUUAUAGUUUGAGAUGAAUAAAAACUUUGACAAGUUCUACUUUUACCUUUAUUAUUACUACUGUAUUACCAUAUCUCAUAUGUUUUGUUUCAUUUCCGUGCGUAUCAAAAGACAAUGAAAUAAAAAUACGUCUAUAUGUUUGCAUUUUUUGUUAAAAAUUCUUUAAAGAUAUAGGUAAUGUGGAUAUAUCAUUAUUAUUAUUAUUAUUAUUAU